GCCUACGCGAUCACGAGUGCGUUUGCCGGGCUGCAGCUCAUCAGACUAAAUGGCCGCGGCGCUCCGUGGACCACCCAAAAAGUGCUCCAUGUGCUCGUCGUGCUGGCGACGUGCGUGCGCGCGACGUUCUUCUGCCUGUCGAUGAAGACCUGGGGCUGGACGUCCGGGGACCUCAGCGCCGCGGAGCCGAUGGCGCGCAUGGCGUUCUACGUCUGCGACGAGCUGCCGACGAUGGUCUUCUUCACGGUCUACACGGCCGUGACGCUCUUCUGGGCGGAGAUGUACUACAUCGCCUCGGACGCGGCGCGCAUCUACGAGGACACGGUCCAGCCCGUGGACAGCGUCGUCAACACGGCCGCGUACGUGUUCCUCGUGGGCCUCUGGCUGCUCUUCGCGACGCGCUGGGCCGACUACGUCUACUACGUGAACCGCGCCUACGCCAUCUUCGUCUCCGUGCUCUACGUCUGCACGGCCGCGCUCCUCUUCGCCUUCGGGCGGUCCGCGGCGAAGGAGCUCCACCAGGUGCCCAUCGAGCUCCAGAUGCGCCGCAAGAAGCUGCGCGAGGUGUCCGUGAUGACGACGGCCAUCACGGCGUCCAUGGUCGGCCGCGCGCUCGUCCUGGUCGCCUUCGCGGACCAGCCCCUGCCCGUGAACAGCCUCUUCGCCGUCUUCCUCGCGUCCGUCUACUUCGGCGCGCUCGAGCUGCUCCCCGUCGUCCUCGUGCUCUACUACUACCGCCGCAUGCCC